UGAUCAUUGUCAAUUCUUUUCCUUGGAAGUAGCUGCAUUUACUUAAACAAGUUUUGUGUGCCCGACCAAGGGAUAUAAAGGUAAUGUCGCUGCCAUCUUUUGUCAAAGAUCUUAAGAAGUUGAAGAGGACUUCAUCAUUCAAAAUUCAUACUUUGCUUGUGGAGGAAGGUUCAUUUUUUGCUAGCUGAGGAAGGAUGUCACAGAUUUUCGUUUUGCUGGUGAUUGUCCCAUUGGCCUUCCCUGCUGAGGGGAUCUCCAAUGGGGGAGAUUUCACUGUCUCAAAUAAGGAUCUGACUGUCUCCAAUGGGGGCACAUGGGGCGAUUGGGGCACGAUGGUCAUGUGUCCUAAAGACUACAGGGCAUUUGGCUUCAGUCUGAAGGUGGAAGAAAGUCAGGGAAUAGGAGAUGAUACAGCACUCAAUGGCAUCCGACUUAUCUGCAGACACGUUGACAACUUCGACGACCAGACAACCAUCACAUCUUCUACAGCAGAAUGGGGAACCUGGACAAAAUCCUUGGAUUGUGGCAGUAAAGGAUACCUCAAGUCCUUCAGUCUCCGUGUCGAACAUCCCCUAGUAGAGACGGAUGACACGGCUGCCAACAAUAUCAAGUUCCGUUGCACCAACAGCGGUGUGGGAGAGUUGACGGGGUAUGGCAUGACCUGGGGGAGUUGGAGCAUGACGUACAGCAGUAACUGUGCAAAGGGUAUCUGUGGCCUCCAGACCAGGGUGGAAGCACCACAGGGGUGGGAUGAUGACACGGCUCUCAACGACGUCCGUUUCAGAUGUUGUGAAUGAGUCCAUAUACAGUGGUGUUGUGUUCACUGAAGGAACAUCUCGCAACAAUUUGGGGUUUGUAAAUGAGUAGUGGCCUGAUUCAUUGUCGUUUUUUAAAUCUCUGCCAAGUAAACUGGUUCUGAUAUGAGAUGUAACCAACCAUGAAUA